UGGCCUACUCUAAUCACGGCCCAUCAGCUGGCUAUCUCCCUGUAGCCUAAAAUGAAUUGUGAUAGCUCCGCCCAUUCAUAGCCAGAGGGUCGUAGUCCCUCUCAAACUUUUCCAAAUUCCACGGCUUCUUUCCACCUUUUAAAAUUUUCUGAAAAUCUGCCAUUGCCGUGCUGCUGCCGCCUUGUGCUGCUGCCAUUGCUGCUGCUAAUGCCUCUGCCAGGCUGUUUUUUUCCCCCUUUAGUUCAACGAGCUGCUUUUCUAAAUGAGGAUUAAAUGCUGUGUUUUAUUUUGUCACAGUACAACCUACGAAUAUGCAGUUUACAUUUUGAAAAAAAAAUGUAUCAAUGAAAAAAAUAAAAAACUAUUGCCAAAUGCUGUACCAACCAUAUUUCAACUUCCUACGAAGGCAACAAACGUGAGGGGAGAGACAAUCACAACACCGUUCUCAAAUGUCACUGGACAAUCAUGUCAACAACUAGAGCCUCAUCGUUCUGAUGCCCAAAACUCCACAGUUUUCGACCAUCCAGAGGACAAUCACUAUGAACAAGAUUUGUAUUCUAAUUAUCGAUCUUCAACACCUGCAAGCAACCAUAAUAGUGGCUUUCUGGACGAAGAAGUAGUAUCACUAAUAAAUUCAGCUCGGAACGACAAUGUUAUGAAAGAAGUUGAUGCAAGUAAGACUGUUACUGAAAUGUCCGAAAAGGUCAUGUAUAUCAACGACUUGAAAACAACAGGAAAUAUAAAAUCCAUAGACCCAUUACGAAAGAUGAGAAUAUUGGUGAAACUUCAAAAGUAGGAAGUGAUGUUGUUGUUGUUCGUAUGUAAAAUUCAAUGCUCUGCCCAUUACCUAAGAAAUACAGAAACAAAUUAAUUUAUAUGCCAUUAACUAAACAAUAAUUGAGUUACUAAAAGUAAGUUCCUGUUCUUACUAAUCUACUUCA